CACUUCCGGCGCGCUCGGCCACCGGCCCCGUUAACCGGCUCCGUGGGUCCCGGGGGCCAUGGCUUCUGUGGGGGUGUCUGUCGGCCGGCAGGCCGAGGAUGCGCUGCAGCCACCCGCAGAGCCGCCGCUGCCCGAGACGAAGCCGCUGCCGCCUCCGCAGCCGCCGCCGCCGGUCUCCGCGCCGCAGCCGCAACCGCCGCCGAGGCCUCCGUCACCGGCCGGCGUGAAGGCGGAGGAGAACUGCUCCUUCCUCCCACUGGUUCACAACAUCAUCAAAUGGCGAUCAGUUGCAAAUACGCGCAUACCUACCGACAGCCAAGUCAUCUGGCCGCACAGUCGCGUACAUCUUAGCACGGACAGACACCCAAGUCGGAUGCCACCAAGAGAUCAAAGAAGUGCCUCUCGGAUUUGGGAGGACGUGACUUCAGUGACCUGGUGGUUCCUUCUGCUUCUGAGUCACCAGUGGACACACCUGCCCAGCUGACGCCAGUUUGCACCUGCAAGUGAAGCAUCGUUCUUAGGCUUACCCGCUAGAACUGUGUGGUGUGCCCGAGCCCGUGUCUCCCACCGGGCGCCGCCACGCAUCACCCGGGCCUGCCCAGAGGACCGGCAGGAAGUGGCCCGUCACUCGAGCCACGCGGUGGUGUCCUGAGCGCCCUCACCUUGCCCUGGUUUGUGGAUUUUGUGCUUCUCCACCCAGCCUGGUCUCCUUUGUUUCCUUCUGAGUCAGGUGCCGACCAGCACUGGCCACAGAGGCAGGCCCCCUGGAGCUCCCGCUUGCUCUCUGGUACCCAGGCCAUCUCUUCUCUCGGCUGGAGUCAGGGUCCCGCUGCCUCCGCCUCAGGCAGCCUGAGAAGCUUGCGCAGCCGCCUCCCAGCUCAGCUUCCCUCCGGGUGGGCUUUAUAAAUAGCUCCUAAUUUCCUCCCCUCCCUUUUUUUUUUUUUGCAUUUUUUUAUUGAAGUCUAGUUGAUUUACAAUGUUGUGUUGAUUUCUGCUGUACAGCAAGGUGAUUCAGUUACACAUAUAUGUACAUUUUUUUAAUAUUCUUUUCCAUUAUGGUUUAUCAUAGGAUACUGGAUAUAGUUCUCUGUAUUAUACAGUAGGACCCUGUUAUUUACCUAAUUUUUAUUUUAUAUAUUUUUGUUUGUUUUUACCUUGUCCUUUGAGACUUGUGUGAUGUAAAUCAGUUUUCUUAAAACUAUAUUUUAAUUUCAAAACUCCCUUGGGACUUAAAUUCGUAACGAUGUGUUAGCACAUAUGCCAUCCAAGUGGAAUGAUUUCAGAAGCCCAAGUGGUGUCUGUCCAGGGUUGUAGAUCUGAGCUGAGACAUAAAAGAAUUAGAAUAUAAGGUGCUCCCUCGAAGCUGGGGUAAGGUGUACCACUGAUGGUGUGUGCAAAUUGAGGGCCUCAGAUGGCAAGAGGAGAUGUUUGGUUGGCCAUUCAUUCCCUAGAAUAAACUAUUGAUUCUCCAAAUCUUGCUUCCAAGUUCAAGCUAUUGAUAAAUAGUGAGCAGGCCUGGUGCAUCUCAUUUGUCAGGAAUGAGCUGUAACCGGCGGAUCGCCAGGAAAGAUGGAUAUUCUGUCUGCGUAAGCAGAGAAAUGAUUAAUAAGAAACAUGAACUGGCACCAUCUGGGUUGAAAUUUCCCAUCAGGGAUGAACGUUUAUUAAAAAAAAUAAACGAUCAUUGACAGUUUUCCCCUCUCACGCUACUCAGUGCGUGACUUUGAAAACAGCCUGUGAAUCAGCUUUUAGAUUUUAGUCUCAACUGCCUUGUUUUCAAAAGCUCAUCCAUCCAUCUACUAACUUUUAAAAAAUUUAUAGGAGCAACUGACAGGCCGUUUCUUUGAUCGUAGGUGAAGAUUUUUGUUCUUGUUGUUUGCUUUUAAUUUAGUCAUGACAGGGAGCAUGGAUCUCUGGGCAGCUAGUAAUAGCUGUGAGGUGAAGAGUACGAUCCUGCCUUUAAAAUGAGCGUGACCGGAAGGCGAGGAAUUUACACGAGUGUGGUGGGAGAGGACGGGUACCUGCUGAAAAUUUUCCAGGAGCUUGUAACUAGUUUAAAAUUUAUGAAUAGCUCUGUGGAAAUUAGGAUGUAAACAGGUUCAAGCAUCUGAACAUCAGCUAAAAUUAUCUUUUGCUCGUUGAUAGUCUCCUGAUUGGCCUGGAAUGUCUCAAAUUAGAAAUGUGGUAUUUCAGCAAGUGUUACUUGCUGUUUGUUACAUGACAUUGGUAAGAGUUUUUCAUUCAUUCAGCAGACACUUAGGAACUUAUUUGCCAGGCGUCCACUCUUUCAGCAAAUGUUGCCUCAGUGUGUGCAGCGCCCAUGGCCCGGGCUGGGGAAGCAGCUCUGCGGGAGGGCUCAGCGUCCGGCGGGCACCUGCUGGGGGCUGGGGUGCCGCCUGCACUACGGCUGCACAGGCAAGAACCCGCCCCGUCCCCCGGGCGCACAGCCCAGCCCAGCUGGGGACACAGGCGACAGGCAUUCUGACGUGGGGAUGCGAGGAUGGAGCUGUCUGGGCUGAUGGUGCUAACACCUGCC